AUGCCUGUAAACACGGGAGAUCGUUUGUCGGCGCUGCGCGCACUCAUGAGCUCUGAUGAAUACAAGAUUGAUGCUUUCUUGAUUCCAUCUGAAGAUUCUCACCAGAGCGAAUACAUUGCUGACUGUGAUAAACGUCGAUACUGGAUAUCUGGUUUCACUGGUUCUGCAGGUUAUGCCAUUGUUUCGACCAAGGAAGCAGCAUUGUUCACGGACGGCCGAUACUUUUUGCAAGCUUCUGAGCAACUGGAUACCAACUGGACCUUGAUGAAGCAGGGCUUACCCGGUGUGCCUACGUGGCAAGAAUAUAUUGUCAAGAACUUGCCUAGUGGAUCGCGCAUUGGUGUUGAUCCCGCCCUCAUCACCGCAGCGGAUGCACGACUUCUUUCCGAGUCCCUGAAAACAGUCGACUCGUCUCUUGUCCCUGUCCACGAAAACCCCGUUGACAAGGCAUGGGCUGAUCGACCAGCUGCUCCUCAAGACGUUGUAAUCAGCCAUCCAAUCAAGUUUGCUGGCAAAUCACACGUAGACAAGCUGGACGAUGUGCGCAAGUAUAUCCAGGGCAAGGAUGCCUUUGGUGUGGUUGUCUCGGCUUUGGAUGAAGUAGCAUGGUUGUUCAACUUGCGUGGUUCGGAUGUCGAGUGCAACCCUGUCUUUUACUCGUACGCUAUUGUUUCCUUGUCCGACGCCAUCCUCUAUGUGAAUCCUAGCAAGAUCACCGAAGAAGUCCGUCAGCAUCUUGGCGACCUCGUUACUUUGAAGCCCUACACCGCAGUGUUUGAGGACCUGAAGCAGAUCGGUGACAAAUUGAGCGUCACUGCCAAGAAACUAAUCACCAACAGCAAGACUAGCUUGGCUGUCGAAGUUGCCGCCGGCCAGACCAAUGUCCAAGAAGAGCGUUCCUUCAUUAACGAUGCCAAGGCCAUCAAGAACGAGGCCGAAUUGAAGGGCAUGCGCGAAUGCCAUUUGCGCGACGGUGCUGCACUUGUACAUUACUUUGCAUGGCUUGAAAAACAACUCAAGGCGGGUGUUACAUUGGAUGAAGUCGAUGGCGCGGACCGUUUGGAGAAAUUCCGUGCUGAACAAGCUGACUAUGUCGGUUUGUCGUUUGAUACCAUCUCUUCCACUGGAUCAAAUGGUGCCAUCAUCCACUACAAGCCGGAAAAGGGAACAUGCAAAACGAUUGACAUCAACCAGAUCUAUCUUUGCGAUUCUGGAGGUCAAUACAAGGACGGAACCACUGAUGUCACUAGAACCUAUCAUUUCACCCAGCCUACGGAUUAUGAAAAGCGAUGCUUCACUCGUGUGCUUCAGGGGCACAUUGCCAUUGAUGCUGCUGUGUUCCCUCAAGGCACUUCAGGUUAUCUGUUGGAUCCAUUUGCCCGCCAAGCGCUCUGGAAGGAUGGUCUUGAUUUCCGUCACGGCACUGGUCACGGUGUUGGUUCGUAUCUGAACGUGCACGAAGGUCCUCAGGGCAUCGGUGUUCGCAUUGCUUACAAUGACACUCCCUUCUCGGCUGGCAUGACCGUAACAGAUGAACCGGGCUAUUAUGAGGAUGGCAAAUUCGGUAUCCGUAUCGAAAACACAUUGAUUGUGCGUCAAGCUCAAACACAACACAACUUUGGCGAACGCGGCUAUCUCGGAUUCGAGCAUGUCACUCUGGUACCCAUGGGUUUGAAUCUGAUUGAUGUGGAUUUGUUGUCGCCUGCUGAAAAGAAGUGGGUCAACGAUUACCAUGCCGAAUGCUUGCAAAAGAUUGGUCCUCUUGUUGCAAACGAUCCGGAUGCCGUUGCUUGGUUGAAGCGAGAAACCACCCCCAUCUAA